UCAGACAGCUGGCGAGUGUCGGAAGCCUGUGCGUGAUGCUGGGGGAAGAGAUGGACUGACGCCACUUUUACAUUAUUUUAUCAGUUAUUUCACCAUGGCCACCAUCAACGACCUGCCGGAGGAGAUUCUGGAGUACAUCUUGUGUCUGAUCUCACCUUACAAUGAUCUGCGGAACUGUCGGCAGGUGUGCCAGCGGUGGUAUACCUGCUGCCAGGGCGUGGUGGAGAAGAGGAAGUCCCGCUUCUUCUCAGCCCUGAAGAUGGGGUGUGUGAAGUGGUACACGCCCACCUACCCGAGCCACGUCAUCCCCAUCAGCAAGCGGUACUCCCACUGCUCCUGCGUGUUUGAGUCCACCAUGUACGUGUUCGGCGGCUGCACCUCCACCAACACCACCUUCAAUGACCUCUGGCGCUAUGACCUGGGCUCCCAUGAGUGGACGCGGCUGCUCACCACGGGCACCUACCCCUCCCCCAAGGCCUACGCCUCCAUGGUCACCUGGAACAAGUGCCUGGUGCUGUUCGGCGGCUGGACGCACCCCUCCGUUUACCCGCUGCACCAGCAGUGGGUGCUGUUCAGCGAGUUGCAUGUGUAUGACAUCCUGGGCAACCGCUGGACACAGCUGUACUCCCCCGGCUCCCCUCCCCCCACUGCUGGCCACUCUGCCUCCAUGCAUGGCAGCAUCAUGGUGGUGUUUGGCGGCCUGCAGAAGCUGGAGCGCACCUUUGCCAGCACCAAUGACGUGUUCUGCCUGGACCUGGUGCAGCAGUGCUGGUUCAAGCCACUCAUGGGGGAGGAGGAGCCCAAGCCGCGCUAUGGCCAUUCCCACAUCAAGCUGGAUGAGCGGCACAUCCUGGUGCUGGCAGGCUGCGGUGGCUCCAACAAGCUGUACAACGAUGUGUGGCUCCUCACGCUGCCCGAGGACCUGCACGACCGCGCUGCCCGCUGGCACUGGCAACAGGUGACCAUCAAGGAGCCGGAGCACAUGCCGCCCCAGAUGUGGUACAACCCGGCCUGCAAGGUGGGCAGCAGCGUGGUGGUGCUGUCCAAUGUGGGAGGUGCUGGGGCCCAGGCCGGGGGCACCAUGUCCCAGCUGCUGGUGCCAGGCUCUGUCAGACGUCAGGCAGCCAAUGUGUGGGUGCCACCGGUGGCCCAGGCAGAGGUCCGGCCCCCUGCUCCUCCCCCUCCUCCAUCCCAGAGACAGAGGGAGCCUAAUGUCAAUGGGCAGCGGGGCUUCCUGCGCUUGGCUGACCCCUCAGAGUCCAGCAGUGAUGAGAGUGAGGAGGGCAGCCUCCCUGGGGUGCCAGGAGGGGCAGGGAGAGGGAGGCCACGACCUUCCAUACGCCCCAACGCCUCCUGUGACAGGGAGCGGCGGCUGCAGGUGCUGUCCAGGAUGAAGGAGCGACUCAGGGAACUCUCACGGCAGCAGGACCCUGGUGGUGGUGGUGGUGGUGGUGGUGGCAGUGGUGGCAGGGGUGGUGCUGGGGCUAGGGGUGGGGGUGGAGGCCCUGCCAGGCCAGCCCCAGUCCGCAGCACAGUCAUCCCUCACCUCCUGGACAUCAGCCGCGUGGUGAGCCGGCAGGAGGCGCGGUGGUGGCCCGUGAGCCACGCCGAUGGCCUGCAGACCUGUGUGGGCAGCCCACCCCGCCCCUCCCUCCUCUACUCCUUGGUGCUGGGCCGGGACCGCCUUGUCAUGUUUGGCGGCAUCCCACAUGACCCCACGGGCGACCUGAGUCAGGAGAACGCCUCAAAUUCUGUGAUAUUUAUCUCUGCUCCCUCCAGCUCCUACUUUGCAGCCUAGGCAUGUCUGUCAUUGAGACACUUGCUGGCCAAACCACAUCAACAGUUUUUUUUCCAUUGGGUCAAAUCAGUGAACUUCCUUCCCAGCUGAAGUAUCCUGAGGCUCUUCCUAUGCAUGACUUGGAGAACAGUAUGAUAGGCAACAAUAAUUACCAGGUGUUCAGGCAGAAAAUUAAAACACGUUGUGAAGCAUGAAGCCAGACAUUAACCGUUCCCAGUGAAGUUUUGCUGUACCUGUGUGACAUUAUUCAGAUGUUCUUUUAUCUCACUUUAAUUUUUGAGUGCACUGACACUGUAAAUACAACAAAAAUGUGCAUAAUUCAGUAAAAUUUUGGUGAUUUUGUUUAUAGUGAUGUUGAGUUGAUGGGAGUUGUGUGUGUGACAAGACUACUCACUUAUUUCACUUAGCAGUGUUGGCAAGUGCAGCUUAAGUGCAUCAUUUCAGCUGAAAACUACCAUGGGUUCACAAUAUUACCAGCCUCAGCACUCCCCAGCACAGUGAUGUGCUGAGGGAGGUGGUGAGGCCUCACACCAGAAACACUUUCCCUGUGGCAUUAUUCUCCUGCUUACAUAAAGUCAAUGAAUGUUUACUGAGAUCACACUAAAUGUAUGUUGUCUUGUAUUCUUAGAACUGUGCAAGUAUACAGUGUUAAGGGGGGAUCUGCUACAUCAAUGAACAUAAGAACAUAAGGAAAAAAGGGAAGCUGCAAGAAGCCAUCAGGCCUACACAUGUACACCUAUUUCCACCUGUCAUCCAUACCUAUAAACUUCUCUAAUCUUUCUUUGAAGCUCCCUAUUCCAUUCACUCUAUUUUGAGAACCAAUUCCUUUCUCUCUCUCUUUUAAAUGUAACUAUCAAGCUUGAACCCAUUAUUUCUUGUUCUAUCCAACUUACUGAGCCUGAGAAUUUUGUAUAUGCGACCCUUGUUAUAUCCCCCAUACUGCUUACAGACCCCCUCUUAGCCUAUGAAAUAAAAAACGCUAAACAGGAUGAUGAUAAGACUCUCUGUAUGUUUAUCUAAAUCACAGAAGUAUUGUUGUUCCACUUGUCACCAAAUUCCGUCAUCAUUCAGCACCAAUGUGAUGUGCUCCUCUCGUCUCCAUCACCAAGCCGAUACUGUGAAGUGCUGCUGUAAAUUUAUCGUGUUGAAAUGUUGAAUUACUCUGUUUUCCUAAAAAUUCAUAUGCAGUUUUCAUUGUAUGAUCGUGUGUGAAAUGCAGCUUGUUGCUUUGUAUGUAUUCUUAAGUAAAUGUAUAUUCUGAAUUAAUAUAA